AUGUGGAGCCGCCUUCCGGCAUUGACGGUGAUUGGUCGGAACUCCGCGGGCAGACCGGAUGAAGUCCGCAACGUCGACGUUACUUGUCAAGUUCCUCCAAUCAAUACCUACACCAAAAACAGCGCUGCUUCGGCGAUCAGCAUGAGCGCGACAUUCGGCCGCAAGAAGUCCUGCGCCUCUUGCCGUAUCAGCAAGGCGAGAUGUUCCCUCGAUUCCCCGUGUCGGCGAUGCGAGGAGAGAAACCUCGACUGCAAGUACGACCAUCCGCCGAGGCGUCCAGCGACCUACCGAGCAUUGCGUCCCCUGCAGACCCCCGAGGAGAGCUCACGCAGAGACAUAGAAGAAACUAGAUCCCAUGCCGAGAGAUCGACUCACCGUAGAAGCCCUCCUCCCGGGCCCUUGAUGGAAAAUCACAUUGACCAUUUUGAUGGGCCGUCGAUGAAUUGGGAUACGUUACUUUCACCCUCAUUUUUACAGCUGUCCCCGGGCUGUGAGCUUGGUUUCUCAAGUUUACUAAGCCCGUCCUCCUCCGACAUGCGCCUGAACACAUUUCAAGGCCUUCAGGCACCACCCGAGUCUAGCGGGGUGCCAUGGAUUCGGAACGGCCAACGACCCGGUGUACCAGACCAUCCAGAGGCCCGGUCUCCAUUAGGUAGUCCUCCUUCUAUUCCUACUGCCAGGCCAGAUCAGCUGCAGACGCAAGCCAGAACACGCCUCUCCCGGCCUCGCCGCCCAUUCUACCAGGACAGGCCCUUUGCGUUGCGACCCAACAAGGUAGUAGCGGCGUGUUUUACCGUAAAAGUACUCAUGGGCCAGCUUUUGGCUUAUCCCAAAAUGAUGGCCAAGGGCGGACGACUGCCGCCGUUCAUAUUCCCUCCCUGUGUCGUGGAAGGGAAUGUUUUGACGACGGAUUGCUGUAGCACUGGCUACCACAAGUGCCUGCCAGAGACCUUGGCCAUCUGUUGCAACUUGGUACAGAGUUUUGAGGCAAGGACCGCUGGAAGUGCGUCGUUUGUAUGGAAGAGCAUUUACAAAGAGGUCGGGAGGCUCCAGAAUGAGCAUGACUCAUACAACUGUGAAGAGCUGCUUCAAGCUCUGCAGGCUGUAGUCAUAUACAUCUUGCUGCAAGCAGGAGACCCGGACUCGGUGCCCUAUAACGAUAUCGCAGCACUGGUGUCAGCCCCCGAGUCCAUCGCCAAGUCCCUUCACACGUCCUCCGAUUACACCGUCAAUCUGACCAACAGCACCAAGAUUGAUCGUCGGAAAUGGGUCGCUCGCGAAAGUGUUCGAAGGACGAUAUGUAUCAUUUUCGGUGUCCAGCUUAUGUUGGACGUGGACUUCAACGUCGCGGGAGGAGAAUGCGGCGGCUACAGCCAACUGCCUCUCCCCUCGGGACGAGAGCUGUGGGAGACCGUGUCCAAUGAUGAGUGGGCGGCACGGUAUAGGAAGCUUCAUGCUCGGUACCGCGACGAUAAUGUGUUGAAUAUACAGGACCUUCGGCGGGCGAGACGAGCUCUGGAGACAGAUAUUACAGAUCAGAGCGAGGAAGGGCGGCUUGUAGGCCGGGUUGCAGAGUGGUGCGAGAGCCUGGACGAGCUUGGGAUGAUGGUGUGGAUGGCAGUUAUGCAAGAGUCAAAGUAUACAAAAUAGAGAUAAGAUAUAAAAUACUAUUUU